AUGAAUUUUAUAGCAAAAUCGUUAGGCAUCGGAUCCAGGUCCAUGAUCUAUGUCAUCGUUGGUGGUGGAAUCGCCGGUGUCAGUUGUGUUAGAAGGCUUUUAGUCUCGCUUGAUGAAUCUGACGAUAGUAUUGUUCUGGUAUCCGCUGGUAGACGGGUGAAAACCGUGCAUAACUGGACGAAAGUUGGUCAAUACACCGAGCAGUUUGAUGUUAGUGAAGAUGAAACCGUCUCAGAUGAUCCUCGACUCAGCCAUAUACAAGCUGAGGUAGUGGGUUGGAACCAUGAGAAGAAGGAAUUAUACCUAGACAAUCGAACGGAACCUCUAAAAUACGAUCGGUUAUGCAUUGCCACAGGAGCUAAUGCGAUCUCGCCAUUUUCAAAUAAAAAAGUAGUAACUAUACGGGAUACCGAAUCUGCAGAACAGCUCCAAAAGCGCUUAAAAGGUGCAAAGCAUGUAGCUGUUGUUGGAAAUGGUGGUAUCGCUACCGAAGUUGUAUUUGAAAUGGUCGGGGUCGCAAUUACAUGGAUUAUCCGCGAUAAUACCAUAUCUUCUGUAUUCUUCACUCCUAAAUUUUCGGAAUUCUUUAGAAAAAGAAUGGCUGAAGGCCGUCUUGCGGGUGCGUUUGUUGGGUAAAA